GUCUCGCGCUGCCGCUGAAAGUUUGAGGAGCGCGAGGGAGCUGCGCGCGCCUCAAUCAGUCUUAAUCAAUAACUCUGUCGAUAGCGCGAGGCGGGAUGACUCCAGCAUGGCGGUAGCGGCGGCGGGUCCCGCUCAGCGCGCGAACAGGAGCGGCUUCGUGGAGGUGCUCGUGCGGGAACGGUGGCACCGCGUGCUGGCGAGCCUGAGCGAAGACGCGCUGAUACUCAGCUGCGAGGAGAACGGGCACGCGCACGGGCACGAGCAUGCGAACGGGGAAGCGGACGGUGGAGCGCGCGGCGCGUUCACGUUCGCGGAGGCGGAGGAGCGCGUGCCGGAGACCAUCGCUAACCGGAAGCGCUGCGUGAAGGUGGUGAAGCAGGACGUGGGGGGGCUCGGCAUCAGCAUCAAAGGAGGGAAGGAGAACAAGAUGCCGAUCCUCAUCAGUAAGAUCUUCAGGGGUCUGGCGGCCGACCAGACGCAGGCGCUCUACGUGGGCGACGCCAUUCUGUCGGUGAAUGGUGUGAAUCUGCGGGACGCCACGCACGACGAGGCCGUUCAGGGCCUGAAGAGGGCCGGCAGAGAGGUCACACUGGAAGUGAAGUACAUGAGAGAAGCCACUCCGUAUGUGAAGAAGGGCUCUCCAGUGUCUGAGAUCGGAUGGGAAACGCCCCCUCCUGAAUCCCCUCGCCUCGGCAGCCCCCACUCAGACGCCCCCACCUCUCCAUCACUGUCCCUGCAGGGAGAUCGCAGAUACAUCCCACUCAGAAUGUGCUACGUCACCCGGGCUAUGACCACGCAUGACCCAGAAAACAGGCAGGUAGAGCUACACUCUCCGGACGUGAAGCACACGGUGGUGCUGCGCUGCUCGGACUCGGCCUCGGCGCAGACCUGGUUCGGCUCCAUGCAGUCCGUCACCUCCGGCCUCCUGGAGAAAGUCGUCUCCGAGCUCCGGGAACACGCGGCCCGGAACGGCAUCGGUGGGAAUCGAGAGAUACGCCACCUCGGCUGGCUGGCGGAGAAGACGGAGAAUGAGCAUCAGCGCUGGAAGCCGGUGGUGUUGGUGGUGACGGAGAAGGACCUCCUGCUGUACGACAGCAUGGCACGCAUGAAGGAAAACUGGCUCAACCCCACCUACACUUACCCUCUGCUCUCUACACGGCUGGUCCACUCUGGUCCAGAUAGAGGAUCUCCCCAGCCGGGCGGCGAGCUGUCCUUUGCCACGCGGACGGGGACGCGGCUGGGCAUCGAAACGCACGUGUUCAGGGCCGAAACCUGCAAGGACCUGUCUCUGUGGACCAGACACAUAGUGACCGGCUGCCACGCGUCUGCCGAAAUGAUCAAAGAAGUGAUGACCAGCUGCAUGUAUAAAGGUCUGGACUGCAGGCUGGUCAUUCAUUACGAGCUGGGCUUCUCCGUGCUGGCCGAGGGGGACGGCUCUCACGGGCAGACGCUGUUCAGUUACCCCUUCGAAAAACUCCGGAUGUCCUCAGAUGACGGAGUGCGGAUGCUGUAUUUGGAUUUCGGGGGCAAAGAGGGUGAAAUCCAGCUGGACCUGCAUUCCUGCCCCAAACCCAUCGUCUUCAUCCUGCACUCCUUCCUCUCCGCCAAGAUCAGCAGACUCGGCUUAGUGGCCUGAGACCACCUGAGACCACGUCAGACCACCUGACCAAAGGAGACUGUAAUCAGACCACAGGAGGAGGAGGAGGAGGAGCUGAGGGACUGUAGAGCAGACAGCUGAAGAGCGGCGGUCUCAUCGGUGGAUUUUACAGCGAGAUGUUAACGACAGUGAAACACAAUCAUUUCCACAUUCAGUGAUUUUGCUAAGCAAAAAGAAUCAAACCGAAUGAACACUAACUCCAGACCGGGACCAGAAGAAGUACCGUGUAUUUACUCUAGAGUCUCUGUUCAGCACUUAACCUUAACUCUGAUCACACAGUGCAAACGGAGAGAGAGAGAGAGAGAGAGAGAGACAGAGAGAGACAGAGAGAGAGAGAGAGAGAGAGACAGAGAGAGACAGAGAGAGACAGAGAGAGAGAGAGAGACAGAGAGAGACAG